CUCCUCUCGCGCCGCGGCCAUGUCCUCCGCGCCCUUCCAGCCCCGCGGUGCAGUUUCCGCACACGACCGCGAGCGGCGCCUCUCUGCCGCCUCGUCGGCCAGCACGAGCACCGCCUACAGCGCCGCGCCCGGCGACGUGCGCACGUGGGCACGGCGCAGGCGCGAGGAGGAUGCGCUGUCCGAAGGCGACGCAGAGGAGGGCGACGAGGCCGAUGAGGCGGCGCCACGGGCAGAGCAGGGCAGUGCGUGGGACCGCAUCGCACGCUGGGCAGAGCCGACGCUCGAGGCUGCCCCCAUCUCGUCGCUCUCGCACGAAGGGCGCUCACAUCCGUGGCGGCUCGAGGCCGCGCUGAUUCUGCGCUCGACGCUGCCGAUCUGGGGCACGCACCUGCUCGAGAUGUCCAACAACGCCGCCGGCAUCGUCUCGAUCGGCCAUCUCGGCACCACCGAGCUCGCCGCGGCGGCGCUGAGCAACAUGACGGCCAACGUGUCGGGCUUCGCGAUGCUGGCCGGCUUCGUCGGCGCACUCGACACGGUGCUGCCGCCCGUCUACUCGUCGAAUCCGCGCACGAUGGGCAUCUGGGCGCAGCGCAUGAUGCUUCUCAUCGGCGUGCUGCUGCUGCCUGUGCUCGCCGUCUGGCUGAAUACGGAGCGGCUGCUGCUGCUGCUUGGCCAAGACGCAGAGGUCAGCGCACUGGCGGGGCGGUACCUGCAAAUACUCAGUCUCGGCCUGCCAGCUUACGCCGGCUUCGAAAUUGCACGGCGCUACCUGCAGGCCGAGGGCUUCUUCUUCGCACCGACGCUCGUGCUGCUCGUCACGACGCCGCUCAACAUUGCGCUGCAGAUCAUCCUCGUGCCGCGCAUCGGCUUCAUCGGCGCGCCCAUCGCCAUCGUCGCAUUUCUCUGGGCCUCGCUGCUGCUCGGCGCGCUGCAGAUCUGCUUCUUCAGCCGCGUCGAGUGGAGCGGCUGGAGCGCUGCUGCGUUCCGCGACCUGGGCCCGCUGGCUCGCAUCGGUGCGGCUUCCAGCAUCAGCGUCGGCUUAGAGUGGUGGUCCUGGGAAAUCGUCGCGCUUCUGACGAGCCGCCUCGGCACCUUUGCCUUGGCAGCGCAGUCGAUCCUACUCACCUCUAGCAAUAUUUCUUAUCAGCUGGCAUAUGCCCUCAGCACCGCCGCUGCUGUGCGCAUCGGCAACCUGCUCGGCGCCUCACUGCCGCACGACGCGAAGCGAGCAGCCGAGACGAGUCUCUGGCUCUCGGUCCUCGCUGGCCUCUUCAACUCGCUCGUGUUCAUCGCCCUGCGCGACACGUGGGGCUCGUUCUUCACGAGCGACGAGCGCACCGUCGCGCUCGUGCGGGACAUUCUGCCGCUGCUCGCGCUCUUCCAGGUCGCAGAUGCCAUCUGCGGCGUUGCCGGCGGUGUGCUGCGCGGCACGGGGCGCCAGAGCGCAUCGGCUGCGCUGAACAUGAUCGCAUACUACGUCAUUGGCAUCCCAAUAGGCCUCUUCUUGACGUUCGGCCCGAUGCAAGCCGGCCUGCACGGUCUCUGGACGGGCCUCACAAUCGCGCUCGCGUUCGGAGCGGCGAUGUCCUUGGCGCUGAUCAGUCGAACGAAUUGGGACGCAGAAGUGGACAAGGCAGCGCGUCUCAGCGGCGAGCAAGCGCCACUUCUCGGGCCAGUCGGCGAGGCAGCUCGGACACGGACAGAGACAGGAGCGGCAUGAAGCAUUUACAUUAUUCCAGCAAUCCUCCGU